UGAUGAUGAUUUAUGAUCAAACCAUAACAGUCUCAUUCCCAGCAGCUUGAGCACCCCCUCGGCGCCCAUAGCUUCGAUAUUAUUCUGCAUAACUCCAGCACUGAAAUACGUCGAGGAGCAGAGCUUCAGCUGACGUGCGUGCUUCACCAUGAGCCAAGAUCCUCACUCCGGUGGCGAGUCCUCUUCCGCCGGAGGCUCAUCCUCCAACAAUGAUCCUGCUUCCGAUUUGCGUGCUGUUGUAGGACAGCCUAGAGGCUCCGGACGACCAGGCUAUAUGACAGUAGGCUCUGGCGCCACAUCGGCUCAUGCGGCAGCGCUUACCGCAAUGCUCGAUAAUGAUUCUGGCUAUGGAGGGAGCAUCGCUGGAGAGUCGUCCGACGCUAUCGGUGGAUGGCAUCCAGGAAUCACAGAAGACAGACCAACACCAAGUCGCUCGCCACUUGGAGAUCCAACUGCUGCUUCGGAAAAUGAGCGAAGAGUACUCGCAAGCCAUAUCCAUCAACUAUACUACAAUCAGAACCGUGUCGCCCUUGGUCGAGCCAUUAACCGCACCAUUGAAACCUUGAAAGAACUUCAGCAGAUGAACACAAGCUGGCCGGCCCAUUAUCCUUCAGUUCAACGCACAAGCUCGCCUGCGAGGUCUCCUGCAAGGUCGCAGACUGAUCCUCGGCCAGGUAUUGUCCACACGCAUUCGACCGCUGGCGACUUCGUUCACUCUUCUGACCCUUCCGCUCCCCGUCCUGGAAGUCUAAGGCGCGCCGCGACGUUUGCUGGCGAUGAUGCGGGCGAUGAUGACGAGGCGGAAUCAAGCGUCUCCGCUGAACAGAGACGCGCGUCUGAACCUCGGCUUCUCAGUCACCAAAUCGCGCAGGAGUUUUCGGUUCUCAAGAUCGACCUUAAGUUGGGAGCUCUAUCACAAUCGGAGCUGGUGCACUCACUGGAGAAAGGAUCAAUAGCAUCCUUGCUGGAUGGGAAAAUCGGCCACAGCAUUCGUCAUCUUUUGUCUUUGCGAGACCGCAUUGAGGACAUUUCGAGCAAAGUCCUUGUUACCGGUGACCUUAAUGCCGGGAAAUCUACAUUCUGUAAUGCUUUACUGAGACGCAAGAUUCUGCCAGAAGACCAACAGCCAUGCACGAGUAUCUUCUGCGAGGUUCUUCAUGCAAGGGAGAAUGGAGGCGUCGAGGAAGUGCACGCGGUUCACAAGGAAAUGCAGUAUGAGCGCCACGACGAGAGUACAUAUGAUGUUUAUGCCCUCAAGCAACUUGAGGAGAUUGUCAUCGACAAUGACCGCUAUAGCCAGUGCAAGGUCUACGUGCAGGAUAUUCGCAGUGUGGACGAGUCUUUACUGAACAAUGGGGUGGUGGACAUCUCUAUAAUUGAUGCCCCUGGCCUAAACAAUGAUUCGUUGAAGACCACUGCAGUGUUUGCACGCCAGGAAGAGAUUGACGUGGUUGUCUUUGUUGUCUCCGCUGCUAAUCACUUCACCCUUUCGGCCAAAGAGUUUAUCUUCAAUGCUGCUAGAGAAAAGGCGUACAUUUUCAUGGUUGUCAAUGGCUUUGACAACAUCCGCGACAAGAACCGAUGCCAGCGGAUGAUUCUCGAACAAGUCGCAAACCUUAGCCCGGCUACGUUCAAGGAAUCUGCAGAACUAGUCCACUUUGUCUCCUCCAACGCCAUUCCCGUCGCGCCUGGCAGUUCUCCCAAUGGCGGAGGUGGUGACAAUCCUUCAGGCAACGGCCCCAGUGGUGUGCCCAGGGAUGGUGAUGGGGGUGAUGACGAUGACGAGGAACCAAAGGGCAAGCAUGGCGAGCCCGGAUCGCCACCCGAAGAAGGCAAGGGCAAGGACAAGGGGAAAGGCAAGGAACGUGAAAAGAUUGAGGAUUUUGAAAAUCUCGAGGCCGCCCUUCGACGCUUUGUCCUCGAAAAGCGGGCCCGUUCGAAGCUUGCUCCGGCUAGGACAUACCUGCUCAACAUCCUCGGCGAUCUGCACACUCUUGCCAACGUCAACCGUGAUGUUGCCCAAUCCGAGCUUGAUCGCAUGACCAAACAACUUAAUGAGCUUGAGCCUGAAUUCGAGAAAUCAAAGCGCGCGCGCUCCGAAGUCAGCGACGACAUUGACCGAACGAUUGAGCAAGGCUGUGCGGAAAUUUACCAGCAAAGUCGUGAGACCAUCUCACAAACAAUUGCUCGGGUGGCCGAACAGGAUCUUGGCGUUCCGUAUCCCGGUCUCUUCCAAGCGUUCCAAUACGCCGAAGACAUACAGACCGCUAUGCUCCAGCAAAUUCAGAAUUCCGUCACUUCCUGCGAAGAAGCAGCUCGCGGCCGCACUGUCCAAGGGGUCAACACCAUCAAAUCGCUCGGCAUUCUUCAUCUCGGCGAAAAAUACACCGACCUUACCUUCCGCAGUGACAUGAUGUUUACACGCAAGCGGGAUGCUCUCGCUCGCCAAGUCCAUACCGACGUUGAAGUCUGGGACUUCUUCGAUAUCAGCGGUCUUUGGGAACGCCAAGAGAAGGUCGCCGGUACCAGCAUGGCUGUGACUGUUGUUGGUGUUCUUGGCAGCAGAAUGAUUGGCGGAGUCGGUUGGAUAGAUGGCGCUCUUGGCGCCGCCCGGGUGCUCAGCCGCAACGACAUGCGAAGACUCAUCGUACCAGGUAUGUUUGUCGCUGUUGUUCUCGGUGUAUCAUAUGCCCUAGCAUCUAUUCCGCAAGCUCUGCCGCGCAGACUGAGUGCCAAACUAUCACAAACACUCGCGGCCAUGGAUUAUACCCAUACCAAUUCCAACCGAAUCGCCAGCGAAGUUCGAAAGGUGCUUCGCUUCCCUGCGGAUAACCUGCGGAUGGGACUUGAGAAGAAUGUCGAGAACUUGGGCAUUCGGCGCGACGAGACUGAAAAGAUCAAGCGCGAAAGCGAGGUUGCAAGAAAAUAUUUUUCGAAUCUCUACCGGGAAAGUCGCGACCUGAGAAGGAGCGUCGAGACAGUCGAUUUGGACGGUCCCGCACCAGGCAUUGCCGGAGGCUAUGAUCUAUGAUAAUAGCCUGGCUUUUCCCUCAAUUUGUCGUAGAUGACGUUCUUUGUAAGGCUCUGGGUUAUCGGUUGAUCGGUUCUACGGCGUUUUUCUCUUUUUUUUUUUUUUUUUUU